ACAACGCACUAGCUUCAAGGAAUGUCCCCAAAUAUCUCGUUUGAUCAAUACUAAGUUCGGCAUCAAUACUGAGCUCAACAUCAAGAAUACGUUUUAUGAUAAGAUUCGCAAUUAUUUUUUACCAAGAAAUAAAACGAAUACAACCAACAAUAAAUUACCGCAUGAUGAUUCCAAUGCAGGUGUUUUUAAAAUUAAAGUAAUGAAUAUGCAUGAUAUAAAACUCGAUCUCUACGUUGAAGGAUAUGAAACAAUUGAAAUCCUCAAGCUCAAAAUUCAACAACUAGAUG